UUCAACAUGUGAGAGAUGUCUUCAGCCACUCAGGAGGUAACUCUGAUCGGUCUGUGUGAUGGGGAGCUCGACUCUAAGAGACACCGGUCCUCUUAUCUGACCAACAAAGUCGGGGGUCACCCGGACUGGUCCCCGGUCAUCUCCCGGCAGUCUCCCCGCUGCAGUCGCUGCGGAGCCCCGUUAUUACACGUGGUUCAGGUGUACUGCCCCCUGGAGGCUUCACCCUACCACAGAAACCUCCACCUGUUCGCGUGCCCAGGUGCCGAGUGCAGCGGCAGGUCAGACAGUUGGAAGGUGCUCCGCUCUCAGUGUCUGGAGGAGGCGGCGACAGCCAGCCGGCCUGUCCCGGCUCAGGAGGCUCCUCUGUCGGCCACUGACUGGUGUGACGCCGCUGAUGACUGGGGGAUGGAGGAGGAGGAGGAUGGAUGGGGAGGAGGUGUGAAGAAGAUCAGCCAGGUUCAAGAGGAGGCAGCAGCUCCUGAAGCACACGCAGCCGGUGAGAUUGACGUCAGCAGUCGGCUUCAGGAUCUAAAUCUUGGGGAGACACAGGAGGAUGUUCCUGUCCUCCGCUCAUUCUUCAUCAGUGUGGAGGAGGAAUCAGAUCUUGGUGGAGAGGAAGACGACCUGCGGCACGCUCAGCAGCUGCUGAGGGAGUAUGAGAGGAGAGAGGGCGUGGCUGUAGGAGAGCUGGAGGACAGUGAGGGCGGCGGCGGGGAGGAGAAGUACGAGAAGACACGUGCCAGACACGGAGAUGCUGUCUUCUCCAGGUUCAUGAAGAAGAUCUCGCUCUGUCCUCAGCAGAUCCUGCGGUACUGCCGCAGCGGGAAACCACUCUUCAUCACUGAGCCGCCGGCCAACAUGGCACAGGUGGUGUCGGCGUGCGGCUCCUGUGGGGGAUCCAGGACGUUUGAGCUGCAGCUGAUGCCGGCUCUGGUCAGUCUGCUGCGGAGGGAGGGCGGCAGCGCUGAGGCAGAGCUGGAGUUUGGGACGGUGCUGGUUUAUACGUGCACAAACAGCUGCUGGACGGCAGGAUCAGGAUCAGCUGUGGAGGAGUUCUGCUUGGUUCAGGCAGACCCAGACCAGCUGCUUUUUAAAUGACGGAACAGGUUCAAGAUGAGUUGCUGUGAUUCAUUCAUCAAAUCAGACAAGUAUUAAAAAAAUGAACAGAUGAGUUUAAACAGGAUUUCAACUGGAUUGUGUGGUCUGCAGCCAGAUGCUGCUGUGUUUCCUGCUGCAAGAAAACACUUAAAUCAAAAAGAGCUGCUGAUGGUGUGUCAGAGGCCCCAACAGUUAACGUAAAAUAGAACAUUGGCAUCUUCUUGCCACCACACAGAGCUGAGGUGCAGUUAUAAGGCGAACACAUACUGAAUGUUUAUAGCAUGGCUUUAAAACUUGUGUAGAGCUGUGCAGCAGCUGCAUUUCCCCUGUCUGAUUUAGUGUGGAUUUACCCUUUAAUAUUGUUACUGCAGCUAGCUGAUAUCACCUGCUGUGACCUCUGACCUCGCUGUAAUGAAAUGUUAUUGCUCUGAGAACCAAGAGUCACUAGUGCCUUAAAUGUGCUGCUGCAUGAUAGGUUGGAAAUGUGCGGUCAUCACUGCUGUUCUGUUGUGAUAACAAAGCUGGUUUACAGAAGAUAUCUGGUUAAAUUAUGUCUAUUUCUCGAGAUCCUGAUCACUUUUCAUGAGAAAAUGACUUGUAUUCUCUGAAGAUGACAAAAUAAAUAUGGAGGACUUGAAAA